AUGCGUAUACCAUUCCAUCCUGAGGGAGCGCCUGACAGUAUUUCCUUGACCUCUGAGGAUCUGGCUUGCCUUGCGCCUAAUAUCUUCCUCAACGACACAAUUAUAAAUUUCUAUCUACGAUAUCUCUACUACGAGCAAUUGACUGCUUUGCAAAGACGAUCAACAUACCUCUUUAAUUCGUUCUUCUACAAUCGCCUUGUAUCCAUCAAGGGUGCAUUUUUGGAAUCCAGCCCUGGCGUACUUUCGAAUGACACACUAAAUGGCUCCAUAAACUGCUCCUCUGCUCAAAUGACUUUACAUCAUCCGGUGCACAUAAAUACUCAAGAGGCUAAAUUGGCUCAUCAUGCGAACGUUGCCAAAUGGACCAGACGUGUGGAUCUGUUUUCAAAAGAUCACAUUAUAAUUCCCAUAAACGAAAACUCUCAUUGGUUUCUUGGGCUAGUCUGUUACCCUUGGAUGGCUGGUAUGGUUAGUUACACUGCCCUCUAUCAAGCUGCUGCGUUCGAUUUGUGUCGAUUGACUGACGAUUUCGUAGAUGUUGACCAGAUGGAGAUUUCCGACGAGGAGAAUGCGACAGAAGAGGUGAUUGAGUAUCUUCCAACGGAUACCAGGGUAAAUUUAUAUAGUUUCCUACAUUUUUGA